AUGUCCGAAUUCAAUGGCCGUCGCGCCCCCAACUUCUCCCAAUACCUUGAUGACUUGAAUGCGAUUCCAUCGCCCUACGACCAGGCUGUGCAGCAGCAACAAAAACAGGAAUCGUUCAACCUCGACGCUGAAUUGUCGCUCUUCACCAACGCCGAGUUCUUUGAUUUCGACCAGUUCGGAGAACUGAACCUGCCUAUAUUCGACUCGGUGGACAAUGACAAGUUGAAGGACAACUCGAACAAUGCUGAGCAGAACCCGGAUCUGAAGUUUUUGGAUUUCCUCAAGGAUGGUUUGAACAACAUGAACAAUGAUUUCCCAUCCGCGAACUUCAACAAUGCUAGCACCAACAACUCUGCUGGCCAGUCUCUGUCCACUCAGAAUGUUCCAUUCACACAUGCCCCAUCGGUCUCGAACGGGCUCCCUAACCUGAACGCGGCUGAGUUCUCCAGCCAGCCGUCCCCAAUCUCUCCAUCUCAGCCAUCUGCCCCGGCUCAAGCAUCCACACCGGCUCCGACCCCCAAGUCUACUGCUUCCAAGCGUAAGCCGAGCCACAAGCCAACUCCGAUGAGCAUUGAGGAGGCCUCGCGCAACGCUGCCGAGGAGGACAAGCGUCGUCGUAACACUGCCGCCAGUGCUCGUUUCCGUGUGAAGAAGAAGAUGCGGGAGCAAACCUUGGAGAAGACAGUAAAGGACACCACUGAGAAGAACGCCGCCCUCGAGGCCCGGGUGACAGCCUUGGAACUGGAGAACCAAUGGCUGAAGAACCUGAUCACAGAAAAGAACGGCCGGUCUCCUGAUGAGGGUAAGACUUCGCAGAACGAUAUUGCAAGUAUGUUCAAGAAGUUCUUGGCCGCUCAGAAGAAUCUGUCAGAGAGUAGAGAGGUCGAGACAACAAGUUCAUGA